AUGCCUAUCUAUCUAUCUAUCUAUCUAUCUAUCUAUCCAAUUACAGGAAUUUAUACUACUUCUUCCCACAAAGCCUCAGGGCCGUUGUCCGCGCUUGCAUCAAUAUGCAAGCACUGGAUUGAUGGCGUGAAAGCACGUGCUACGGAUGUGCAAGUUAAUGCGGUGGUUCUUAGCAACCUUGUAGUGACAGACGCCGACAAAGGAAGCGGGUAUUUGGAAGUGAAAUGCGACAAAGAACUGUCAGAUGCUGAUGGUAUUUACAUUUCCAGACACAAUAUUUCUGUCAUUAUAUCUGAUAUCAACGACCACAACCCCAAGUUCACACCCUUGAAAAGUAAUUGGAUUGUAUCAGAGGAUGCUCCAAUCGGGACUUCACUUUCUCCACCUCUAGAGGUUAUUGAUAUUGAUGAAACAAGCAAUGUGGGUGUGCUGACUGUAACAUGUGACCAGUCACUGCGUGGCGAUUAUAUUACAGCUUGUCAAAACUUUCGGAUUGUACGCACAUCCGACGAAAAUAAAAGAUACUGGAAGGGCCAGAUUGUGGUUAGGAAUAAACUCGACUUUGAGAUAUACCCGAACUUCACAAUCCGAAUCAAGGCAACGCUUAUGUUAUCUAUCUAUCUAUCUAUCUAUCUAUCUAUCUAUCUAUCUAUCUAUCUAUCUAUGGACGGUAACCGUGUUUCAUACGAGGAAAGAGUUAUCAAAGUGACAGACGUCAACGACAAUUCCCCGACAUUUAGCCAAAUACUUUACAAUUCUUCAGUAGCGCUGUCAGCGCCGUACAACAGCACCCUUUUGCCAAAGAUUGUUGUGCAUGACGUAGAUUUGCACAACGUUCCACUGGAAGUCAUUUGCGAAAAGACAGAAGAUUCAUUUUAUAAAGAUUCAUGCGAUGUAUUCAGCGUCAAGAAAAUUUUUUCCAACGGCAGUUAUUGGAUCGGGCAACUUGUUUUGAAGGACACUCCAAUAUUUAACUCACUGAAGCAAUACUACGUCGUAACACUGACGGCCUUUGUGAGUAUUUAUCGUUGCUUUAUAAUCAAAAUGAUUAAUCUAGACAUGGAUACUUUCGUUUCUGAUUUGCUCUCUCUCUCUCUCUCUCUCUCUCUCUCGAUCUCGCAAAUGUCCCACACACCUCACAGCCCGAUUCUUGGUCAGAACGUUACGGUAAAAUGCCAAUUUGCCUUCCAGGACGGCUUCAAGAACACGACCGUCCAGCUGUUCAAGGAGAGCGGCGAUUCUUACUUCCCUUUCCUUUGGUACUUUCCUGAAAACAACACCCACGUCCUGACACCCAGCAGCGAUUUAGUGAAGCAUUCACGUUUCAAAUUUCACCGCAGUGGUCAUUACGGUUACGUCGAAUUCCAGAUUGGUAUCACAAGUUGCGACGAGCAAGCCAUAAAAUGUGCGCUCAACUAUGCCAACGGACGUGUUUAUUCUACAACGCAGAACCUACUUUUCCACACCUUACCGACGAAUGUGACAAUCCAUCGAGGUAGCUGCAAAGAUGCCCAACCUGGUUACAUACCUUUGACGUGCCAAGCUAAUGGUGGAGACCCGGAUGUGACCAUCAAAUGGUACACAAGUAUGGACGGCAAACACUAUAAAGAAGUUCCCACAAUGGAUUACUCAACCUCAAAGGCCGAAUACGAUCAGAUGCGAUGUCACAACUCGGUCAACAGUACCCUGAUGUUCAAUCAUCAGGGACGACGAAAUACAGUGAAAUGUGAAGCCACAUUCAUCAUUGAAGGGAAAACUUACAUUUCUGACACAAAUUUCAGGAUCGGGCCUGAACGUGAGUAUUUUUAA